AUGGCGGCCGGGGGUCCCGUCCAGGAGCUCUGCGAGGAAGUCACUUGUCCCAUCUGCCUGGAGCAUUUCCAGGAUCCCAUGAUCAUUGCAGAGUGCGGCCACAAUUUCUGCCGAGCCUGCCUGGCCAGGUACUGGAGGGAGGCGUCGGCAGCAGCAGCAUCCUGCCCUGUGUGCCAACAAAGCGCCCAGCCGGGGCACCUCCGCCCGAAUCGGCAGCUGGCCAACGUGGUCGAAAUUGCCAAGAAACUCAGUCUGCAGGGGGAGCGUGGGGCGGAAAGCAAGGGGGGCGUCUGCGAGAAGCACCGGGAGCCCCUGAAGCUCUUCUGCAAGGACGACGGAGCCCCCAUCUGCGUGGUCUGCGACCGGUCCAAGGAGCACCGCGACCACCGGGUCAUCCCCGUGGAAGAGGCUGCCGAAGAGUAUAAGCCGAGAUCUCGAGGCUCAUUUGCAAGAAAGGAAGCUCCCUGGGGCUGCUCGACAACGAAACUGAACUUUUGCAACCCCACCCUUACGGCGGCCGGGGGUCCCGUCCAGGAGCUCUGCGAGGAAGUCACUUGUCCCAUCCUCCUGGAGCAUUUCCAGGAUCCCAUGAUCAUUGCAGAGUGCGGCCACAAUUUCUGCCGAGCCUGCCUGGCCAGGUGCUGGAGGGAGCCGUCGGCGGCAAGGGCUACCUGUCCUGUGUGCAAGCAAAGCGCCCAGCCCAGGAACCUCAACCCUAAUCGGCAGCUGGCCAACGUGGUCGAAGUAGCCAAGAAACUCAGUCUGCAGGUGGAGUGUGGGGUGGCAAGAAAGGGGGCGGAAGGAAAGGGGGGCGUCUGCGAGAAGCACCAGGAGCCCCUGAAGCUCUUCUGCAAGGACGAUGAAGCCCCCAUCUGCGUGGUCUGCGACCGAUCCAAGGAGCACCGCGACCACCGGGUCAUUCCCGUGGAAGAGGCUGCCGAAGAGAGCAAGGAUAAAUUACGUGGCUACGUUGAGAUUCUGAGGAAGGAGAGAGAUAAAAUUCUGGCCCGUAAAGCAGACACGGAAAAGGAAACCCAAGGCAUGCUUGAGCAAACAGAAUAUGUGAGGGAGAAGUCAGCGGCUGAGUUCAGGAAACUGCGCCAGUUUCUGGAGGAACAGGAGCAACGUCUGCUGGCCCAGGUGGAGGAGGUGGAGAAGGAGAUUGCAAGAGAAAGGGACCAGCACCUGGCCAGACUCUCUGUGGAACUCUCCUCUCUUGAAAGUCUCAUCCAGGAGAUGCGGGAGAAGAUUCAGCAGCCAGCCACUGAACUACUGCAGGACAUCAAAAGCACCUUGGAGAGGUAUAAGGAGAAAGAAGAGUUUGGGAAUUUAGUCACUUUUUAUCGAGAUCUCAUAUGGAGGAUCAACAAAAUUGACAACUUUCUGGAGGCUGAUCUGAAACAAUUCAAAGACGCGAUGUCAUCUGAGCUUCAGCUGCAGGAAGAUAAAUUGAAUGUGACUCUGGAUCCUGACACGGCCCAUCCCAAACUCUUCCUGUCUGAGGAUAGGAAGAGCGUGAGACUGGGAAAGAAGGAUCAACGUCUGCCCAACAAUCCUGAGAGAUUUGAUGAAGAAACUGUGGUGCUGGGACGUGAGGGGUUCCCAUCAGGCCGACAUUUCUGGGAAGUCGCUGUGGAAGGUGUGGGAAAGUGGGCUGUUGGGGUGGCCAGAAAGUCUGUGAGGAGGAAGGGAGCGGUCAUCUUUAGUCCUGAGGGAGGAAUCUGGGCUGUGGGGAAAAUCAGUAGUUAUUACAUGGCUUUCAGUCACCCUGAGAGGUGUGUUCUUGACCUGAAUGGAAAGCUCAAAAGGAUCCUAGUGGCUCUGGACUUUGCUGGGGAGCGAGUAGACUUUUCCGACCCUGACACAGCGGCCCCUCUCUACACAUUCAAGAGAGCCUCUUUCCAGGGGGAGACACUUUUCCCCUUCUUUUAUAUUUUUGGAGAGGGCUACCUCAGACUUUCUCGAAAUCUCAGCACUGGGGCCUACUUUCUGAUAGACUGA